AUGCGCUUUGCUUCCACCAUUCUUGCCGCCACAACGUUGGUCCUCCUCAACGCCAAUAGUGCUCACGCCUACGGCGUCCUCGGCCACACGUUGACGGGCCAGAUUGCCCAACUGUUCCUGACGCCCAAGACAGCCAGCCAGAUCAGCACCAUCCUCCCAGCCUCGUACGAAGGCCUCCUCUCCAACGCAGCCCCCUGGCCCGACAAGAUCCGAUUCCUGGACCAGUACAAGUGGGCAACCCCCAUGCAUUUCGUCAACCCACCCAACGAUAACCCUCCUGAGCAGUGCUUGUUCGAGUAUGUCUAUGGUGGUCAGGAUAAUGUGAAUGCGAUUUUCAACAUGACUGCGACGUUGAAGCAGUUCCAGUUGACACCCCCGACGAACGUGGGAGAUGAGAAAAAGAGGGAGGAUGCACUGAAGUUCUUUGUGCAUUUCAUGGGAGAUAUUCAUCAGCCACUUCAUGACUCUACUCCCUUUCGAGGUGGAAACGAUGCUCCCAUCAAGUUUGGCAAGUCAAAGUCCAACCUGCACUCACUCUGGGACACCCUCCUCCUGACUAAAGAUGUGAAGGAGAGAUUCGGUGAUAACCCUCAGGCAUACCUGGACGACACCAUCAAGCUGACAAAGACGAUCUGGAAAUCCGAGGCCGCAUCCUGGACUUCCUGUGGGCCCGCCGACAGCCAGCCCGCCAAUCCCUGGUCAUCCGUCACAAAGCAGGUCAAGACUGUCUGCCCGAUCCAAUGGGCGACUGUGACCAAUGCUCUUGACUGCACCUAUGUCUGGAAGGACUACUCGGCCAGCCGCGAUUACUCGACCGAUUACUUCCAGAAAGUGACUGGACCGUCCACGGAUUUCUUGUACCAGAAGUUGUUGGCUCAGAGUGGGAUCCGUAUGGCAGCUGCGUUGAAUGAAAUCUUUGACCCUGCUUCGACUUUGUCGGCUUCCGAGGGUACGGUGGUGAAGAGAAGCGAGUUGCCUCCUAGAUACAAACGUGCUGUUGAGGAGGCUUUGGCUCGCUAG